AUGUUUUGCUGUACCCCUAGGCGUUUGACAGUGGUUACCGACACAUGCCUUCCAACAAAUUUUGUGCAUGCGACAGACUUGGCUUUUUAUUUCCCUCGAUUUCAGCCACGUGCGCACCUCCGCCCGCAUGGCAUUCCAGAGUUGCAAGACGCUGUGGCGUUACUUCAGCCAGCGGGGGACGCGUUACAGCGACGAUGGUCCAAACCCAGAGGCAUGGGUGCAGCGGAGUGGGGAAAGUGCCGCGACAAGGCUCUUGGGUUAUUGUUUCGCGGAGAGGAGAUCAUGGAAAACGUGGGUGGACUCAAAAAUUUUGCUACGGCUGAUAUUUUGCGGUCAACAGCUGCGGUGAAAUUUGAACUUCUCAACGGUGUCGAGCAUUUACCGCGCUCUGAUUGCGCCAAACGUUGUGAUGUGUACCGUUCGAUCCUCAAACAGGCGAGCUAUCUGCUUUUUUUUAACGACAGUUGGGAUAAGUCCGAUGUGCAGCAAAUAGACACUGCAUGUGUCAUUGUUGCUCACUUUGUUCGUGCAUUUUGUGCGCUGUACCAGAUGCCUUUUCAUGCGAAGCAGGAAGAUGGCGUCAAGAAAAAGUACGGUAAUAUUUCUGCCUGGUCCGUGGAGAUGGAUGAGGUAAACGAGAACGGAGAGAAGUUUCUCACGUCAUCGAUGGUUAUGGAUCGUAUUGAGGAACUAUUAAAAUUGAGUAGAAAGGCGGCCGAGACUCACGCCGAAAAGAAUCCUGAGCUCCGCUGGCACGUACCUAAGCUCUUGUUGCUAAAAGGUGUCUUUACAAUUCCUCUAACAGGCCACCUUGGACACGCUCAGGAAUGCAUUAAUGAGUCUGCUAAACUGGUUUACGAGUCCCUGCGAAGGAAGCAGCCCAUUUUGGAUGACAUUUUGCCUCAUAAGCAGGAACCCGAGUUGGGUCUCUUUAUGCUUGCCCAGGCGGAAAUGACAGCUCGUGUGUUUGACUGGUCCGUUGGACCAAAUAAAGUCGAUAAAAGUGUAAUUGAGAUGUUUGAGGCUGCCGCCAAGUUUUACUCCUCACCUUGCAACACCUCACUCGAGGCAGACGGCAUCAUGUCGGCAGAUGGGAUUGAAGAACGACGGUUUGAGACGGACGCAUACAUCUCCUGUUUGCUGAGUUAUGCUAAUUUUUUGUUGAAUGCCCCACGACCCCCGGGAACUUCGCGCCGUGACUUUCCCGUAUUCAUGCCCAAGCAAUUGUUCACCAUGUCUCCCAUUUCCAUUGUGUCGACUUCAUCCGAUACUAUUUUCACAGAUGUGCAAAAUCCGGUGACGAUGUCUGUUGAUGUCGUUCGUAGGCGGACAGGUGAGACGCUUGAGCGAGCGUUGAAGCUCAACCGCAUUUUGUACCCAGACCAUAAGCAGAACCCCAAGGCAGGGUGGACGCUGCUUGCCAUGGCGUCCCUCUAUGCGGAUAUGAGGGACUAUUUGUAUGCAACAGGACUUUUUUCGUCGGCGGAAAAAGCACUUGUGGAGAACUAUGGAAAUUAUUCACUGGAACGACUGUUAGCCCUCAAGUUACGUUAUGAAUUUUUGGCCGGUGUGGGAUCUGAUCAGGAGGCAAAAACAGUAGCACAUGAGGUGGUGCAUGUAUUGAAGCACAUUGAUUCGAUGCCGCUUUUAUGA